UUAUUUGGCGGUGUGGGAAGAGAAGGGUGGUCUCUCUCUGUCUUCUGGGUCGUCUGGUUGGAGUCGUAAAGGGGAUAAAAGAGGAGAGGAGGGGGUCUUAGGGUUUGUUUCUUCCUUCGCAGUUUCCCCACCCUUUUCUUUUCUUUUCUUUUUUUUUUUCUUUAUGUUUUAUUUUAUCUUCUCUACUUCCUUCGAAAUCUCUACUUUUUAUUAUAUAUUCAAUCCUUCUUUCUCUCUGGUUCUUUCCCUCUCUCUUAUUAACACUCUCAGGAGAAGAAGAGGAGAGACGCUUCCAUUGGGAAUGGUUGUGGACUGAAGGACGUCAACAACGACGAUACCAAUCCUUCUCUAUUCUCUCGCUUUUCUUCCUUCUCUGGAAAAAGUCCUUGUUUCCUAAAAUCUUUUUGUCUUUCUGCAACAUAAUAACCCUUGUCUUUCUUGGUCUUGUAUCUGCUUUGGUUUUUGGGUUUUCUUUUAUCCUCUUGUAUUUUGUCUACUCGACUCGAUUCUGGGGAUGGCGUCUAUUCAGAAACAGGAGAUUGAGGAAGAAGACGAAAGAGGAACUACUGAUCUCACAAUGAACGGUGGAGGUGGCGAAGUGCCCGUUGACAACGGAAACAACGUCGAGGACAAGAUGGAAUCUUCUGAUCCUUCUACAACGGAGUCCGAACCGCCGCCUCCGGCUACUUCUGCUCCCUCCCAACCGUCGUCCACCGCAGUACCGCUUGUAUCUUUAAAAGAAGAACCCACGGAGACGGAACCCGAGUUGGAGGAACAACCACCGCCUAUUGGGGUUGUUCCCGUAGCUAUGCAGAUGCAGAUGCAGAUGCCCAUGUCCAUGCCCAUGCCCAUGCCUGUGCAGAUUAGAAGAACAGCGGUUCCUGGGAGAAGGGCUUCUACGAAGGACCGGCAUACCAAAGUUGAAGGUCGAGGGCGUAGGAUCCGGAUGCCUGCAACCUGUGCGGCGAGAAUCUUUCAGCUCACAAGAGAACUCGGUCACAAGUCCGACGGUGAGACCAUUCGGUGGCUCCUCGAACACGCCGAACCCGCCAUCAUAGCCGCUACAGGUACCGGUACUGUGCCCGCCAUCGCCAUGUCCGUCGGUGGCACACUUAAGAUUCCAACCACGUCUUCGACCUCCGACGGGGACACGACGAAAAAGAAGAGAAAGCGGUCCGCGUCCAGUGAAUAUUAUGAGGUUAACGACGGAGUCUCCAUUUCUUCAGGUCUCGCUCCUAUAGGAGCCACAGCAGUUGCUGCCGCACCCCAAGGGCUUGUCCCCAUGUGGGCUGUCAGCAGUGGAGGAAGAGUUAUACCCUCCAACGCUGUCGCCGCCGGAACCUUUUGGAUGAUCCCUCCUACUACCGCCAUUGCCGGGCCUUCGAACCAGCCACAGCUAUGGACGUUUCCACCAGCUGGGACGCCCCUUAUCAACAUCUCCGCGAGACCCAUUUCGUCGUUCAUAUCGGCGAUGCAGCCUGGAAUUAGUAUAGCUACUCCUGUUGAAGUUCAGGCUCCUUCGUGCGUCUCCAAUAACGCAACAACCUCUGCAGUGUCAUCCACGGGAGCAAAAGCAGCCAAGACUUCCACUAUGGCCCCAAGUACGAGUUCUACUACCACUACCCAGAUGCUUAGAGACUUUUCCUUGGAAAUUUACGACAAACAAGAGCUUCAGUUCAUGGGUCGCUCUGCGAAUAAUCGGCAACAUGAUCAAACAACGUCCUCAAAACAGUGAGAAUGCAGAGGGCGAGUGUGUUAAAGGGAAUUAGAACCUAAACCCUGCAAAGCUGAGUUUUUUUUUUUCGUUAAAUGGGUUUGGUCAUUCAAAGGGUUUUGUCCAUUUUUUUUAUUGAUUCUGGGAAGAAAAAUCUCCCAACCUACAGUAUUUCCGCCAUUAACGACCUUCGUUUCGUCGUCUGCCUCUCAUUUCUUUGAACCCUCAUUCUCCCUCCGCUUAACGGUGGGAGAGGAGAGAGGAGAGAGGAGAGAGGAGGAGAUACGUACUGGUGGGUCCAGCACGUGCGCACGAGUGUGUUUAAGUUGGAACGUGUAGGGAUGGGGUCGUGUUAGGCGAAGGAGUCUGCUGAGUUUUGGGGAAAGGUGGGGUCCAUCAAGGUGGUGGGUCAACAAGCGAAGAAAGGGGUGCUCCGUGGACCGUGCGGAGUGGUUUCAUGUGGGCCACGAUCUGUCGAUCAUGUGAUGGCUGGCGCGGGCCCCAAGGGGGGAGUUGUGGGCCCCAACAGUUUUUUCUCCUCUCCUCUCUCGAGGCGGCCCCGUGGUGGUCCCCGCUUGCUUUUUGGUGUGUUUCUUUUGGGUGGUUCGAUCGAGAUGAGAGGAAAAGGCUAGACUGGCCCUGUCGACACGUGUCUGGUGCUUAGCUGUUAUUGUGGGGACCUCUUCACCACUCGUUUGACACGUGGAGAACGAAGACGUGGUCUAGCGAAUAUCCGUUAUUUCGUCCUUACAACGAGAUGAUGAUGAUGGUGAUGAUGAUGAUUGCAUCAGAUUAAGUGGAUCUCUCCGUUAUCUUCCAUACUGCUGAGCACUGCUACACUUUGCAAAUAUUAUUUUCUUUUUCUUUUUGUUUUUGGCUCCUCUAAGGCUCUAACCAAUUUUAAUUUAAUUUUCUUUGUUUUAUUUUUAACUUGUCUAAUUUAUUAUCUUCUCCGCUUGUCCGCUCAAAUGGACACUCCCUUUGUCUGGUGUGCAGUUUGUUUUGAUUUAAAUCUUUGUUUCAGUUUCA